CAGCUCCAGAACCUCCAGCAGAAACAACUCCAGUAGCAGAGACACCAGCACCAGCGCCUCCCGCAGCAGGGCCCCUAGCUCCAGCAGCGCGACCCUGACGGCCAACGUACCACUCACACAGCUGCUGUGGGGAGAGAGGGAGUCGACGACGAGAGUGAAGCGGCGAGGUACCAGCAGAGCGACUGCGGAGACGGCCGCCCCAGGGAGACUGCUCACCAGACGCCUCAGCGCCCCCAGGUGCAGCACCCCCAGAAUCAGUACCCCCAGGCUCAGCACCCCCAAACUCCUCACGUCCAGGCUCAGCACCUCCAGUCUCCGCACCCCCAGGCUCCGCACCUCCAG